AUGUAUACUCCGGGUUCCUCGUUUGCCCAGGACGAUGAUUCGCUUCUACCCCAGGUCGCAUCAGAGAAGCCGCGGACGAGACCGGCGGCUUGGAGAAGCGGGCUGCGGCCCCUUUCACCUCGCCGGGCCGCCUCGCGAUGCCUUGACUUCAUGAGGCCAAGCUUUCUUCGCAAGACCACGCCGAAACCCGAGUCGGGGCAAGGUGGUCCGCGCAAGGAGAAGUAUUCGACGGAAUACCUCGACGGCGUUCGAGGGGUGGCUUCCUUCAUCGUCUUCAUCCUACACUGGAGUCAUAUUCCGUAUCCUUCGGUCAAUUCGGGAUGGGGAUACAAGGGCAACACGUCUGUCUUGUUGCUCCCCUUCGUCAGAGUCAUCUACUCGGGAGCGGCCAUGGUUUCGGUAUUCUUCGUCGUAUCCGGGUUCGUGCUGUCGCACCGUUUUGUCCAGAGGAUGCACCGCCGGGAGCAUUCCGAGCUGUUCUCGGGACUGACGUCUCUCACCUUUCGUCGCGCCAUCCGCCUGUUCCUCCCAGCCUUCGCGUCCAGCACCCUGGCCUUCGCCUGCGCCUGCGUGGGCGUCAUCAUGGUGCCUCAAAAGGUGGAUGGAAAGCCCUUUGAACACAGCUUUACGGCGUAUCUUGAGUACCUAGAUAUGGAGUCGAACCCAUGGGAAUGGACGGCGGAUUUCUCGGGCUUUUAUAAUCCACAGCUGUGGUCGAUUGCAGUCGAGUUCCGCGGAUCGAUAGUCGUCUUCCUCAUGAUCCUAGGGCUGGCCAAGACGCGGACGCUCGUUCGUCUGGCCGUCGAGACCAUGCUCAUGGCCCAUUCAUUUGCUCAUAAACGCUGGGACGUCGCUCUCUUCAUCGCCGGCAUGCUCCUGCCCGAACUCGAGGUGCUGCUGCAGAAGCCGGCCAGUGGAUCGAGACGGAGGCUGGUCAACAUGAUGCUCAUCAUGACCUUGAUGCUCGGUCUCUUCCUGUCGGGAUACCCGCGCGAACCAUCCGACCAAAACGCCGGGCUACAUGUGGUCGCAACACACGUGGCCGCAGUCUUCAUAACCCGACCGGCGCGAUACCUCGGGCGCAUCAGCUUCGCCCUCUACCUGGUCCAUGGACUCGGGAAUCGGACAGUUGGGAAGGUGUUACUGAACGGGUGCUGGGAUUACACCAUCAGCUUCGUGGUUUCAACUACCUUGUAUUUUUCCAUAGUCAUCUGGGCGUCGGACAUGUUCUGGCGAGGCGUAGAUGUCCCCGCGACCGAGUUUGCACGCUGGCUCGAGAGGAAAUGCGCGGCUGAAGAGGUUGCAAGGUAG